AGCGGCGGCUGCAGGGAAGGGGGCUGAGGAGUGGUGGGGUCUUGUCCAGCCUUCCUUGGCCUUUUGCGGGGCGAGCUUCCCGCUCCCAAACCUUCUGCCCCGGUGGCGGCAGCCGCACCGCCACCCCUCCGCGCAGGGGCUCGGGGCGUGAGACUCCCAGUGGGUCACGGCACCGGUGGGGAGACCGGAAAAGGGGCGCUGGGGCUGUAAGGGGCUGUCGCUGCCCCGCGCCUGUGAGGCGCUUAGCCUGAGGUGGCAGGUCCCGCAGGACCCCGCGAAGCACCGCGCAGCUCCCGCGGGCGGAACGACGGGCACGGGCGGGCGGUGCGCAGGGAGGGCUUGGCGGGUUGCCUGGUAGCGGCGGGCCCGGCCUUCCCUUCCCCGCCGCUCUGCUGCCGGCCGCCGCACGGGGAUGAGGGCCGCCGACUGGUGCCUGAGCUCAGCGGGGGCUGCCGUCGUUCUGGCCACCUCCAGCGACGAGCAGCACCCCGCCGAGAACGUGGCGGACGGGAUGGUUACAGAUGGAAAGCCACAGGUGGGGGUCUUGUCCUUUUUUCUCCACAGAAGUUCUGAAACGUUUUGGACAACGACGGGCAUGUUCCCACAGGAAUUCAUUAUUGGUUUUCCUAAAAGUGUAAAAAUCAGCAAAGUCACAGUCCAGUGUUACUUGGUGCGGACCCUAAGGAUUGAAAGAAGCAUAUCUAAAGACCCAGUAGAUUUUGAACAGUGCAUUGAAAAAGAUUUGCAACACACAGAAGGACAACUUCAAAUGGAAGAAUUUCCACUUCCUGAUUUCCAAGCCACUUACUUGCGUUUUAUCAUCAAAUCUGCCUUUGAUCAUUUUGUAUCAGUGCACCGGGUGAUGGCAGAGGGCACAGCAGAGAACCCUUAAGUCCAGCUUAAAUUUGUACCUCAAUUUUUUUU